AUGUCCAACCGUGAGGAAAAUUUUGUUCUCAAAGAGCUCGAAUAUGCUCGAAUACAAUUGCAAUCCGAAGGAUCAAAGUAUGUUUCUGAAUCUUCAAAUGAUGACAAACAUGAUCAAACACAGAUAGGCAAGGAUGAUGCUCAGGUGGAAGAAAUACGUACUCACCUACACGACGAAUUUUCUCGACUCAGCCAGAUGGAGUCUGGUUAUUUUGCCAUCAAUCUUCAUGAGAUAGGAUUGAUGUCUUCUCCUCAUUUUAUGAAGAACCAUGAAGAUCUCCUGAGAUACUAUAAUAGUUGGACGUCACAUCUCCAAAGGUCAGGUUCGUACCAAAUGUGGACAGAGGCUUCCAGAGGUUUGAAUAUCACAAUGCUUAAAGAUCAGAUAAGUACCUGCGCUAUAGAGUCUUGUGAGGAAGUUGAAAGUGUGCUUCAUGACUGUUAUGGAGAAUACAAAGACAAAGAGCAGGCGGAGGAUGCUUGGUUGGAUGGACGUGAUUUCUUGGUGGAUGAUCCUCAGAAUGGAGUUGAAGAAGAUACAUUCCACGAGGAGCAAUUCGAUAAUGGGGUUGAUGGACCGGUUGAUUAUGGCGAAGGAUACCGGGACCGCGGUGACGAGUUUGACAAUGACGAUGAGAAGGUCCAGGAUCCAGAGAGUAAGAGAGGGUAUCAAUAUGCUGUCACUCAGACGGAAGAGGAAGAGUACUGGAGUAUUGCCCGAGGGGAAGUAUGA